GAGCUGCUAGGAAAAGGCAAGAGAGGAAUAAGGAGAGAAGAAGGAGGGAGGGAGUUAUGCAAAGACGGAGGUCACUGGAUAACAGUUCUCUUCUGUCCUGGAGCAGAGAGCCACAAGCUACAUUCCAUCCACAGAAAUCAAGUGGCAGCUGCAAUAAGAGGAGAUUUCGCUACAAUAAGCAGAUAUCAGCAACAUUUGUAAAAGGAAUUUAAUAACCCACCUGCCCACUUCACUACCUCUUUGAUUAUAUCCAUAUCCUCCACUUUUAUAGCCCCUCUCUCUAUUGACACACCAGUUAACCCACUACCUUUCAAUCCUCUCUGUAUUUCUGUGUUGUCUGGUUGCUGAGCUGGGAGUGUAUCAUGGCUUCAUCUGCUAGUGGGAUGGAGGAGGUGCGCUCCUCAGUCCUGACCCCACUGAAGCUGGUGGGACUUGUCUGCAUCUUUCUGGCCCUUUGUCUGGAUAUUGGAGCCGUUCUGAGCCCAGCCUGGGUGACGGCGGACAACCAAUACUAUCUUUCAUUAUGGGAGUCCUGCGAGAAAACUGGCAACCACUGGAUCUGCAAGUCUACCCUACAGAGCGAUUGGCAAAUUGCUACCCUUGCUUUACUCUUGGGGGGCGCUGCUAUUAUUCUCAUUGCAUUCCUUAUUGGCCUGAUCUCUAUCUGCGUGGGAUCUCGCAGGCGGUUCUACCGACCGGUGGCAGUCAUGCUGUUUGCUGCAGUUGUUCUUCAGGUGUGCAGUCUUGUGUUGUAUCCGAUCAAGUUCAUUGAAACAGUCACACUUAAAAUAUACCAUGAAUUCAACUGGGGUUAUGGACUGGCCUGGGGAGCAACUAUAUUUUCAUUUGGAGGCGCCAUACUUUACUGUCUGAACCCCAAGAACUAUGAGGACUACUACUAAACCUGUACUGAGAAAGUGAUGUAACAAGAGAAUGACACAAUUUUUUAUAUCUCCGUUUUCUAGAACACACGUGGAGCAUCAAGCAAUCUGUGCAGUUGAUUUAAUCUCCUUUUGCCUUUUGGCUGCCAAUAGUAUAACCAGCUUUACAUCCACUUAAACUGCAGAAAAUAAAUAGAGGGGAAAAAAAAGAAAGGAACUGAACAUAGAAACAUAGAAAAUUGCUGCAAUCUCUUAUAAUGUUAACACUUGUUUCAUGAAUAGAAUUAAAGAGACUACACAGCUAUAAUUGUGGUUUAAAUAACAUAAUAAAAUAAAACCACAUAGACUGCCUAAUUCCUGCCAGGAUGAUUUUCUCACAAGAUUUAUAGGAAAUUUCACCAUUACAUCAUACUCCUGAAUUAACUACUUUGCUGGAUAGAGUUCUGAAGAAAUUGGAUGCUGGGAAUUGAAAGCUGUAAAAUAAACAAAUGUGGUUAUUGCCACAAAAAAAAAUCUAUAUUCAAGGUGAUUUACAAUAAUAGAGGUUUACAAGGUAUCCAUCUACAUAAUACAGAAAAUAAAAAAAAAUCUGCAUGUGUUUGCAUUUAUGUUUUUAUAGUUUGGGGAAAAUAUGGAAAUUGAAUUUUCUCUGAACAGAAUAUAAAUAAAUAUGCAAGUUUAAUUUGAACUCAGUACCCUAAGCAGGGUUUAAGAGAAAAAAGAUAAAUUCAUUUUUUAUUUAGUUACAAGAUAAAAUAUUUUAAAUAAUAUAUGUGUUAAUAGUCAAAAAUAUUUUAAGACAUAUAUAUCCCUUUAAAGUAUAUUAUAGAUAUUUACAGAAUUUCUUUCCAAAAAAUGCACUAUUUCUACCCAUUCUAAAAUGACUAAUUUUAUUUAAAUUAAUAGAAUACAGUUAAACUCUUAAAAAAGGGUUCUCCAAAAAUAGCAUGGGAUAAUAAACAAAGACAGACUGAUUUUUAAAUAAAAACAUAUAUUACAA